AGAACGGGGAAUAUAAAUCCCUUUAAAAUGUGAUUAGUGCUUAUAUAUGGGAGGAAAUGUUUGCUAUGGCUUCAUGUGUUUUAUUCUCUUCUCAUUUGUUGCUUUCUUAGUGUUAAAUAACUAAGACAAAGGUACAUCUGAAGAAAAUAUAUUUUAUCAUGAAACAUGGAUUUGAAAUAAUCCCAACCAAAAAACUAAGACAUCUGAAAAACCCAGGGUAACAUGUAGAAUUUCAAGGGAACAUAAAAUUUUAUUACUGGGAGAAGCAUAUAAAUAAUUUCAACCCAAGCCAUCUACGCAGAAUACCAUUUCCAGAAAAGCCUCAUGAGUAUUUCUUAGAUAUACAAAGAUUUUUUCAACCUAUCUUCUUUGUAUCACAAACUUAAAGUAUAUCUUUUUUUGAUUUUAAAUGUAAAAGCAUGCUGGCAAGACACGUCCUGAUCAUGUGUGCACACAGGUGUGGUUGUUUUUCUCUUUUACUCAAUGUUAUGUCCACAAAGAUAAGGGCACAAACUAUUAAUAGUAGCAGUAUAGCUGAGGUUCUGUGUUAUAUUCUAGAUAACCAGGUUUGCUGAUGGAGGAAAUAAAGGUGGUACUUAAAGCCAAAUAUGUCCUUAAUGUGUUGAUUUUGAAGUCAGUGUCACCUGACCUUGCCAGCAAAUAGCUAGCAAAAUCUGAAAAACUUUUGUUUGGCUAUAGCUAGUUUCCUUGAAGCACGAGGUCCCACAGACCUGGAGUUUUGCAUCUAGGAGGAGGCUGAGUCCUAACUGAGCAAAAUAUUAUGUGAAAAAACUUAAGAUUGCCUUUCAGUUUCUGUUGUAUUUUUCUGUAAGUCGUUGUAAAGGAAAACACAAUUUUAAUAAAAUGGUAUGAAUAUUGAAGUAGCAUGAGUUAUCUGGUCAACAUACAAAUCAUUCAUGUGGUCUCCUGAACUGAAGGCAGCAUUUUUGCAGGUAGAGGAAGUUAAAUGCAGUUUCAGGUUGUUAUUUCUGGUCUAAACACAUAUUACACACCAUGCUGGGUAUACUUGAAGAACAUGUUUAACUGCUUAUGUUUCAUCCUUUCUAAAUAGAUUUUGUAUCAAUAUUCUGCAUUUUCUCAGUGGUAUAAGUCAGCUCCUGUAUUCUUUUGCCUUAGGUUUUUAUAGAGCACAUACAAGUGUAAAGCCUUUCUAGUGGGAACCAGGCCGAUACUAUUAAACAGUAAUUAUUUGCUGACUGCAGUCAUGACAGCCUGUUUGACCAACCAACCUACAGGUGAACUGGACUACUAGCUACCAACAACCACUUCAGACACAGUAACUCUACAGCCUUGUAAGAUCUUGGCAUUGUGGAUUUACGGGACAGAUUCACAAAGACAACAUUUCAAAUUGUCGAGUGUAACUGUGCGAAAGGCUGCAAUUGUUUAAUAAACAAUCACAGAUUAGCGUUCUCCUUUAUUGUUUAAUAGACUUUCAGAGAGAAAACCUGCAUAUGGGUGUCUCUCAUAGCAGACUAACUACUAUGAGCAGAGUCUGAGAAAUCUGGGACUGUUCAGCCUGUGGAAAAGGAGGUUGGAGGGAUCUUAUCCAUGUGCAUAAAUACCUGAUGUGAGGAAAUGAAGACAUCAGAGCCAGGCCCUUUUCAGUGGACAGUGUGAGAGGCAAUGGGCACAAAAUGAAAGAGAGGAAAUUCCACUUGAACAUAAGGAAACAUGUUUUCAUUGCGAGGGUGGUCCAACACCUGAGCAGGCUGCUCAGGGUGGUCAUGAAAUCUCCAUCCUUGGAGAUACUUAAAACCCAACUGGGUGCGUUCCCAGACAGCCUGGUCCAGGUGGCCCUGCCUGAGCAAAGGGCUGGACCAGAUCAGCUCCAGAGGACCCUGGCAACGUCAGACACUCUGUCACUGUGGAAAGUCUAGGUAAGACACCAUUUCUCCCAGAUAAGCACACCUGCAAAAUAUUUAUGGCAAGACACAAGUUCAAGUAGCUCACAGAACAUAUAUGAAGUAUUGCUCCCAAAUAGGUGGCCAUUGGCCAAACACUGCCUCGAAACUUCUGAACCUAGUUUCCUUUCUGUUAAUUUCCUCACGCGCAUUUCCCAGGUGAAACCCGGGGAGGGCACAGCAGGAGGCCGGGCCGGUGGGGAGGGGAAGGCCGGGGGAUCCCCGCCAUUGCCGCGGGCACCGCAGCCUGCUGCGACUCACCUCAGCCGGGGCAGCCGCCGCAGGUGCGCCCCGGCCGGCGGCGGGAAGGCGGCGCGGCCUGCGCGGGGCGGGCAGCGGCCCCCGCCUUCCUCCGGCGUGGUUGUGCCGCGGCGGCCCCUCCUGCCACCGCCCGCCUCGCCCCUGCCCCACGGAGGUGCCUCCCGGCCGCUGCGCCGCCUUCCCGCUCACCCUUCCCCCGCGCCGGUGCCAGGCCGCGGCUCCGCUCCUCGCCUUCCCCGGGGAGGGGGGCGUGAGGGGGAGGCGGCGCAUCCCGCACCUCCUGCGGGCAGCGGGCGCAGGGGGAGGCGGCGGGGCCGAGAGGAGGAAGCGGCGCCCUCCCCGUCCCUCUCUCCCGGUGCUGGCGGCGGCUCCUCCUCCCGCCUGUGACCCGCUGCCGCAUGUGAGCGCGGAGGAGGGACGGCCCCAGCGUGGCGGCGGCGGCAGGAGGAGGAGCGGGAGCGGCGGCGCGGCGUCCUCCCCGCAGCCUCAUCGCUGGGCCCCGCCGGCGCUCCCCAUGCCCGUGUGGUGCUGCCGCUGCUCCUUGGCCGGUCACUUCAGAAGUUACAGCGGCCCUGAAACUGAAGGACAGCUUUUGAAUUCAUUCGUCCAGUAUUUUGGUGACAGCCUUGGGAAGAGGAUUAAAAGAAUGCCUUUAAUCGAAGAAACUGUUCUGCCUGGGGACUCCCUCCUUACUCUGCCUGUUGUAAUAAUAGGAAAUGGACCUUCGGGAAUUUGUCUUUCUUACCUGCUGUCUGGAUACAGGCCAUAUUUAUCCCCUGAAGCUAUACACCCAAACCCCAUUCUACAUACAAAAUUAGAAGAAGCUCGACAUCUUUCCAUUGUUGAUCAAGAUCUAGAGUACCUGUCUGAAGGUCUCGAAGGACGCUCUUCAAACCCAGUUGCAGUGCUUUUUGAUACAUUGCUUCAUCCUGAUGCUGACUUUGGGUAUGACUACCCGCCAGUUCUGCACUGGAAGCUAGAACAACAUCAUUAUAUUCCCCAUAUAGUGCUUGGUAAAGGACCACCUGGUGGGGCCUGGCAUUCCAUGGAAGGCUCUAUGCUAACAAUCAGUUUUGGAGACUGGAUGGAAUUGCCUGGCCUCACCUUUAAGGAGUGGGCAGCUAGCAAACGCAGAAAUAUAAAGAGUGAUCGAGUAAUGCCAGAAGAAAUAGCUUGUUAUUAUAAACACUAUGUCAAAGUCAUGGGCCUCCAAAAGAAUUUCAGAGACAAUGUUUACAUCACAUCAGUAUCCAGGCUCUGUCGAGGAAAGGAUGAUGAAGAUAGAAGUCAACUAAAUGAAAGUAUUUCAACACAGCAUUUGGAGGUGGAAGAUGGACAAAAGUCACUGAUUAAGAGAAACUGGGAAGUCAGAGGUUAUCAGCGAGCAGCAGAUGGUUCUCAUGUACCCUUCUGCCUCUUUGCUGAGAACGUGGCGCUUGCCACAGGAACCUUUGAUUCUCCGGGCCGACUACAAGUUGAAGGAGAAGACUUUCCUUUUGUGCUUCAUUCCAUGUCUGACUUCGGAGCUGCUAUCAGCAAAGGAAAGUUACGUGGGAAGGCAGACCCUGUGUUAAUUGUGGGUGCCGGACUUACAGCAGCUGAUGCAGUUCUGUGUGCCUACAACAACAACAUCCCAGUAAUCCAUGUGUUUCGCAGAAGAGUUACCGAUACAAGUCUAAUUUUCAAACAGUUACCUAAAAAGCUUUACCCUGAAUACCAUAAGGUCUAUCAUAUGAUGUGUACUCAGUCCCAUACUGUGGACUCUAAUCUGCAUUCUGCUUACACUAGUUUCCCUGAGCACAAUGUACUGUCCUUCAAGCCUGAAAUGAAAUGUGUUCUUCAGAGUGCCUCUGGACUGAAGAAAAUUUUGAAGUUUUCUGUAGCCUUAGUUCUCAUAGGUUCUCACCCAAACCUUUUCUUUCUAAAGGACCAAGGACAUAGCAUAGGUCAUCACUCUAACCAGCCCAUCACAUGCAAGGGGAAUCCUAUAGAGAUUGAUCCGUACACUUACGAAUGCACUAAAGAAGCGAACCUCUUUGCUUUAGGUCCUCUGGUGGGAGACAACUUUGUACGGUUUUUAAAAGGAGGUGCGUUGGGCAUUGCACGAUGCUUGGCAAUAAGACAAAAGAAGAAACAUGAAUUGAUUGAAAGUGGGGAUGGAGGAGGUGAUGGGGUACCAUAAGUGAGACAUUAGAAACUUUCACAUACAGAAUUACAGGUGUAGUCUAACAGAACACUCACUGACAGCCGAAGUUGGUAGCAGUCACAUUUCUGUUGUAUACAAGUAACCCGCGCUUGUAUUGCUUGGUAAAGAAUGCUGAUAUUACAAUACUUCACGUUUUCAAAAUACAAAAAAAUUGAUCUGCUAUUACAACUGAUCUCUACUCAGCUGGAAUUACUUCCAGAUGAACAGAAAAUGAGACUAACUUACAUUGACUUGCCUGUCAUCUCUUGCUCAGCUAAAAGAGCAGACUUCCUCUGGAAAAAGCAAUUCCUACCAGAGUGGCUUUACAUUUUAGUGUCAGAUGUGACAAAAUAUUCUUACCAUGAAUUAAAAUAACUUCUAAAAGCAGAAAGCUUGCUUAGUACCAAGUGAUUCUUGGUCCCAAAGCAAAUUUGGAGCCUUCUGCUUGAAACAGGGAUUUACUUAUUUACCACAGUAAUACUUGGAAUGAGCACUUAGUAAAACGGUUUUUACUAAAAGAAGGAUUUCUGUAAGCAAGAAUUAUUCCUCAAACAUUAUAAAUUAUGCUAUUUGAUAAUUGGAAUAAAAGAAUAAGCAUUCUCAUUUAAUCUUUAACACAUGAUUUGACACAGUCCAUUAAUGUUUUUUUACACUGUGCCUCGAGUUGGGUGAGUGCAGAAAGACUAACAUGAGAUGUUCCCCUACAGUGAUAUGUACAUUUAUGAGAAUACUCAGUAACAUAAACAAUAAAGUACUGAUGUAAGUGCUCUUAUUACAGUGUCAAUAUAAUGAAUAUCUAGUGUACUACUGAAACAUUAGGUACAGAGAAAACUUGAGGUUUUUUUGCUUCCUAGCUCAGGAAGACAGAAUGGGAUCACUUGACUGAUGAAGGUGGGUGAUAGAUACUCUCGUCUCCCAUUUGACCAAGUAUUGGUUAUUUAUCUUUUUUUUUUUCUAGAGCAGCACAUAACACUAAUACUAUUUUAGCCUACAGAUUUUGAAACUUGAAAAAGGGUUAUAUGUCACAGCCAGCUAAAUUAUAAACAAACCAAACUUAAAACAAACAUGCCGUAGUUCAUGUAAAUCUUAAAGCUUGUUAUUAAAGACAAAGACUUAACUUGUACCUACCUCUGAAUUGAAGCUUCACCUUUCUACUCCAUAAUGUAAGACCUGGGUUUCCUUUUCUGGGUUUUAGAGUAGCUAGUUUACCUAAACACACUCAUGGGUUAUUCACCAUAGUGAGGUAAGCAAAAGCUAGUUAGAAAACCUAAUCUAUUUUCCAGAACUCUCAAUAGUCAGAAGUGCUUGGUUUUAACUGAUUUAUUACCAAACAUUUUAAUUCAGGUCCAAUGUGAUGGAAUAGAUGUUAUUUAAUUUAAUUUAAUUUUUUGUUUUGGACUUUGUUGUGUUGAAGAAUGUUGUGUUAGUUUAAGGUAUUGUAUUUGCAUGAUUAAAAUCUCCAUAUUAGAACUUGAACGGAUUUUAAAAAGGAAAUUAGGCUUAGACUUUGUGAAACUGCUAGUGCUUGCUGGUUGCCCAGCUGUCUAACUUUCAUGAAUUGUAGUUACCUAUAUGCAAUAAAUGCGUGUUCUCUGUGCCUACUGAAUUACGAGGUUCUGUGGCUACUGCAGGCCUUUAUGCAGCUGAGUAAGUUACUCAGACUUUGGACACAGAAGUUUAAAGGGUAGAGUAUGCAAGGAUUAAAAUGAGUGUAUUUUCAAUGGAAGUCCAAAGUAAUUUAUGAAAUGAUGCCACUACUAAUAAUAAAUUUUAGCAUAGAGCAAAUUUAAUAGCAUAAAAAUAAACACCAAUGAAGCAACAUUUAUAUUAAUUUCUGCAUUGCCUACACGGUUGGAUUUAACCAUGCACUGUCAAUACUAGUUAAGAUACAUUUUUAUACUGAUAUUUGAGCUGGUUUAAAUUACGCUAAAUUCUAGGCUUAUUUUCUUCAUAAUUGAAUUAAGAUUCUGUAAUUUGCCUUCUUUGGCAGAAACUGCGUGUAUAUAUAAAACUAUCCUAAACCUGUGUUACCUAAUAAUUUUAACUGAAAAUCAGUGUUAGAAGUGCUAAAUACUUGAUUAUAGAACUUUAUUGUAGUUAAUAUAUUGGGAAUACAUCUGCGCUGUGAUUAAAUUCCUUCAGUUUUGUGUCAAUAUAGAUGUCCAAAUGCAACAUAUCAUGGCAUGUUACUGCUUUUUCAUUUGUCACGUUAAAUAUUUAAAAUGCCAGCAAAACAAAGGAAGCAAUUCACUUAAACAGUUAUUUUGCAAAAAGGAGAAAAAAGCUUCAAACAGCCAAAUCUCUAGUCUCAGCUGCUGCAGCUACUUACAAGCUAUGUGUGUUGCAGUGACAAAUUUGUAGCAGAGAUUUUUGUCCUGUUCUUGCACAGGUGUCUUUCACUGCAGUAUUGCAGCACCUUUUGAGGUUUAACUGCCUUUUUUUUUUUUUUUUUUUUUUUUUUUUUAAUCGUGCCAGUAUUUUGGAGAUUAAAAACAUCUCAUGCGAGACCCCUUAGUUGGGCAGAGAAAUUUUCGCAGUGGUCGUAUUUAUUGAGUCAGUAUAAAAAUACUUUUUUCAACCAAAGCUUUACUAAAAAAUCAUGAGUUUCUUCUAGGAGUUGAUAGGUUUAAAGUUGUAGCAGCACUUCCUCGCUUUUGGGUUUUGGAUUUUGAGAGAAGUUCGUUUCUCUACUCUUUGCUAUUUUGAGAGAAUAAGAGAUGUAAAAAUUCAAGCUUUGCCUUGGGAUAAUUUUACCUAAAGCACUGUGUCAUACUGCAUUUAGUCUGGAUUAGACGUUGUCAUUGAACAGUUGCCUUUUGGGAAAAUACUUCGUUUCUCAGAUUUAAAAAAAAAAUACCAUUUGAAUUUCCUGUAUGUUAUAAUAAUUCCCAGAAGGGAGACUUUGCUUCUUUUGGCUCUUCUUUCAGUCAGAUAGAUAAGCUUUUAAACAUCAUGGAUUUAAAAAGGAUGCUUACUACUUAAGCUUAAUUACUCAAAUGCAGACAGGAAGAAUAUAAUUUUUAACUAAAGAAAUUUAAUUUGGAUUUAUAGAAUUUGUAAAGGUAUGUUAAUCCAUACUGUGUAUUUUAUAAUAGGCUAAUGGGAAAGUGUCUCUUACAUUUGGUUUUGGUUCUUAAUGCUGGAUGUGGCUCCCAGCUAAAUUACUGCUAAGAGUUUCAGUAGUAUCCAGCUGUUGAACUGGGAUUAAGAUUUUUCAUAGUAGAUUUCCCUAGCAGUCUGCCUCACACGUGGUACUGUUUAGCAGUGCGUGCUUGUUAAUGAAGGUACCUGAUGGGGCAGUAGGAAACGGCACAGCUUUUCUUUUGGUUUCCAGUAGAUGAUUGACUUCUGCUUAGAAGAUUUUCCACAAAAGAGUAAGGCUAAGUUUUACCCUGGUGAGAAAAUGUAGAAAUUCUUUCUGCGAGUAAUCCAGAGAGUGGUGACAAUAACACUGUAUUCUCUCUCAGGAAAAUGCAUUGCCUUGGGCUAGCAGCAUGGGCUUGCCCAUGAGUGCAUGGAAAAAGUAUAGCUCCCAGAAGCAGUGCCUGUGCAUUGAGUAAGUGACACCAACGUGAAUCCCAUAGCUGUAGGUCUCUAGUCCUCAACACUUAGAGAGUUGUUGGAGUAUACUGUAUUUUCCUUCCAGCCUGGUGAGUGUAGGCACCUUUUUUUUAAUGAUUAAUUUCAUAAGUGAUGGUUGCAUAAUGAAAAAUACUAAUUUUAUAGAAGGAGGUGGCUGUAUCUUCUUUCUCUGACAGCUCGAGAACUGUGAAAAGAAGGCUAGAACCCAAAAUCCAGAGUACUUAUUCAAAGCUAGAGGAAAUUAAGAUCCAAACUUUGAGGCAGGCCUGACCUGCAUGUCCAGUUGAAAGGAAGAAAAGGCCAUUUUGGGGCAAACUGCUCUUGAGAGAGAAAGAAGGGGUGUAAAAUUUGCAAACUUCUAGUGAGUCCCCACUGAUAACAAGUGAUGACCAGUGAGGAAUGAUGGGGGGAACGCAGCAAAGAAUCUGAGCAAUAUGAACUGCAAACCUACAGGUGCUGAAGUGAAUCCAUGAAGCAUUGAUAGGCUGGUGGCCUCCCAUCCUCUUCUGUCAAGAUGUUCAUACUGUAACUUUAGAGAUCUGUGCUGGAGCUAUUACUCUAAGAUGUUACCAGAUAUAUUUAAUUGGCUGUUAACUGAAGUUACACCAAAGUGCAACAGAUAUGUAUGAAAUAGAAGCAACUCCAGAAGUUGUAGGACUAGAUCAGUUGGAUGGUGUGCCUAGAAAUGAGCCUUGGUUGUUCUGGUACCAUAUUUUCUAAUUUUGAGAAAGCAAGCAGGUAUUUUCAUGUAACAGAAGAAUCUGUGCUGUAACAGUGCUAACUCCCAAACAUUUCUAAACAGCAAGAGGUAGCCUAUGUGUGCCUUAAAGGCAGCUGAUUAUUCGAUUUUCCUAUUGUCCAUAUAGUAAUGAUUUCAUUUGGAAGAAGUUACGGAACAAAAAAACACUCGAAGAUUUAUACUGCUACAUUUUAGUGUAGAUAAUAUUUUAGAACCUUACAUUAACAACGUUCUGUCAUCCUUUUGGAUUAUUUUUUGAGGUGAGAGCAAGGUGGGAGCACAGUACCUCAGCUGAUGUGAGAGCUUUUUGGACAUUUACUUGCCCCAUUUCUGCUUGCCCAGCCUGAAGGAAAAGUCAUGCUUUGUUUCAAAUAACCAUAAUACCUAAUUCUAUUUAGCAGGAACAAUGGAAAUUGAAACAUUCUUUGACAGAGAAAGGAAGGCUUUGGUGACAUUACGGGUACAAAUCUGAGGUGAGGAUAUUGAAUUAUAAACAUUUUCUGAAAAAGACCACAUUUUGGGGAAUGUGGUACACUGAUGGUGUUUCAGUUUAGCCAAUUCUUGAAGUCUGAAUUACACAAGGAAUUGUGAGGUCAAGGGUGAAUUUGGGGUAAGGAACAUGAAUUAUGGGGAAAAAAGCAUUUAUAGUGUAAUUUAGUAAUUGUAGUGAGGCUAAGCACUGUUUUAAUGAUGGUUUUCUCUUUGCAGACACUAGAACAUGUCAGCUCAAGCAAACUCAGAACUUGAGUUCACAUUACACCUGUCUGCGUGCUAGCUGACUUUCUAGCAAUGAUACUUUUGUACUUACAGGGCAUAUUAAGCCAACUCUUAAAACAUAGUGGGCAUCAGUAGUCAUCAAAACUGGGAAAAAAAUAUACUUCCUAUUCUUAGCUUUCCUAUCCUUUUGAAACUACUGGUUCUGGAGACUAUGUUAAUCUAAUUUGCACUUUCCUCCUCCAUCUCUUUAUUCUGAGAUCACUGGCAAAGUAUCAGCCUGCGCUGCCUACAGUGGAUGCUUCAGUAAACUAAAAUUCAGCUUCAUGUUCCUGGACAACCUCUGUAGACUUGCAUGCCAGCAUAAAGAAAAUGAAUGACUAGGUUUGUUACAUAUUCACAAAGUAUUACAGAAUUCUGGCAUUUUUAGGUUCUUUUUUUUAUCUAGGUGUAUAAAAAAUAGUUGUCCACAAAUACAAAGCUAGAGACAAGGUGAUCAGAGAUUUGAUACAGUUCCAGGGGAUGCUCUGAGGAGAGUGAAAUAGUCAAUUUUUCAUCAGUUUGGAUUAUAGGACCAGCUUCUAUGUGAACACGGAGUUACUGCUGUUUGAGAACUGAUCCUCCUGCCUUCCCUCUAGCUGGCACAAUUUGGAAAGUCUGAUCUUGCCUGUUUCUCUGAUAGGUCUGGUAUGCUGUUUGUGGAAUUCCAGUUCUGAAUGAGAUAAAGGCUUCUAUUAAUCUAACUAUAUGUUUGUCCACACCCAUGAUAUACCCAGAUUUGGAGAUACUGUGUAAAUGUCAUUUCUGUGUGUCAUGCCUUGGUUUUCAGCUUUUGCUGGAGUAUGCUUGGGUCUUAGCCUUUUUAUUUAGAUGAGCAAUGUAAAUGUGUACAGAAUAUCUGCUCUGAGCUGAAAUAUAUUCUCCUCCUGAGCUGCAAGCAACUUGUGAGCAAAACCUCAGCUUUGGUUAGAUGAAAAACCUACCUGAGGUUUGCAUGCUAAGCUUGUUUUAUCUUCGUGUGUGAAAACUGAUGAUGGACUGACGGCUAAAGGAGUAAUAUUAAAACCAGUUUCACCUAGAAGCCGAUUAUUUUGGUUUGGAGAAGUGGGGAACUUAAAGGAAAAUAAACUGGGGAGGACGGGGAAGUCAGAGCGCUGUAGUGCUCAGCAAGAGGAAGUGGUGUUGGUUUGCGUGUAGACAAGUGCUGUAGCCAGUGCUUGAGAUUCUGAUAGUCAAAGCCGGGGCAGAGCGCUAAGCAAGUGGCAGGGAAAGUUGCUAGUUAGGGAAAUCUGAUUUUGUCUAGCAUUUUUAUAACUAAAUUAUCUCACUGGAAUGUGGUGAUGGUGUUUAUCAAAACAUUGGAAGAGUGAGGAAUAACGGUGAGGUAGACAGUCCAGGUUUCGCCAUGGUUGGCCUGAGUUCUAAGGAGAUACCAGAACACAAUUGGAGUUUGUGAAUCAAACACCAGAUGUGGCCAAAUGUGACUGAAGAUAGAUUCAAGAAAUGAAAACAGAGGAAGAGAAGAGCUAGUUUGGGGGGGAAGACAGGGUAAGAAUAGGUCUGAGAAGUGACCUAUACAAAAUGGACUGGUAGUAGGAGAGCCGGGAGGGGAUUGGAGGUAGGUCUACAGCAGAGACCAGCAACAGUUAUAGACUGAAGUUUGGUGGUAAACAUGUGGGCUAGAGCCUCUUGGACACAUCAGGAAUGGAGGUAAUGACAGCGGCUUAGUGCUCCAGAGGAAGUCAAUGGGGAGGUCGGUGGAUGGAGGAAACCGAAGCUGACUGCAAGCACACUUCCAGCACAUAGGAACUGGUGCAGUGAUACAGCAGGGGCCAGCCCUGCUGCACCAGCCCCCCAUUCUGGGGGAAGAUAGGAUGUAAGGGUAGGAGAAAAAGGCGCAGACUCACAGGUGUGAAAGGCCAGAAAUAGAAAGCAAACUUCAGGCGAGAUAGUAUCAUGGUAGUCUGGCCAAAAAAGGCAGUGGCUUUCCCACCUGAUGUAGGAAAGGUGGGAAGUCAGCUGAAACUGGUGUGAAUUAAACUGAAAAUUAAGCAUUUUGUUCCUCCAGGGAUACAGCACCCAGCCUCUAUUUUAGUGGUGCAUGGAGUAAUUCAAUCUGCUUUAAACUGUGUUCAGCUAAGGUGCUGAACACAAGACUGUAUUUUAAAAGCCUUGCUAAUAAAACGUAUAUUUAGUUUA